AUGACUGCUGCCCGAAAUUGUGAGGAAAAUACCGAAAUUUUUGUUGAUGAGCAUUCAGAAAUAAGUGAAAGUUUUCCUGGGAGCUUCAUGUACUGUGGACUGGAUAAUGCAUGUGGAGAGCAUGAGAACGAGAAAAGUGACUUCAAUGAAGUUGAAGAUGCCCUUGAAAAAACUAUUAAUGAAGUUGCACAGACAAGUUUGCAAAGUGCAGCGGUCGAAGGAGAAGAUUUAGUGAACGCAUGUUCUAAUUCAAUUUUUCUCUGUUUUCAUUUAAGCAAAGUGAGUAAAUAUGAUUGGGAUGCACCAAUAGUUAAAGACAUUGUUCGACGAGUUAAAAAACAUCGAUUAUCCCAUGCUAAAGCAGCUGAACAGCUUUCUGUGUUAAUGGAUGUAAAAGUGACAUCUAUUGGGGUACGUUUGCAAGUGAUCAAAAUGGCAAAUGAUGAUGCUCUUGCAAAACAGGAUCAAAAAAGUGUUAACAUGAAAACAGUAAGGAGUGGCACAUUUUCUUCUAAAGCUUAUGGUUCAUCGACAGAUAUACUAGCAACUGGUUUUGAGAAUAAAUCGCCCAUAUGCUACCGAACCAGAAGUAAAACAAAAAUGGAUCAAAACAUCAGCUUACUAGAUAGCAAGUUAAGAAAUGGCGCUGAAGUACUUGACACAUUUGGAAAUAAUAACGAAAUGGCUGGUAGAUAUAUGAUGAAAAAUGAGCGUGGAAAUACUUCACUUAUCGCUAUAAAACAAAGUAAUGAAGCUGAAAGUCAACCCUGUGCACCAGUUGCUGUUGCACAGCAAACAUCUAUAACAGUGGCUCCUAAAAAAACUCCUCCAGUGAUACGACUUCUGGAUAACGAAGGAAGAUUAACUCAUAUUGCAGUUGCCGAAAAUGGUAGUUAUAAGUUGUACCGUGUCAAUGAAGCAAGCACAAAUACCGACCAAAUGCAGAUGUUAAAUCACGAUAUAUCAUCUUCAUCAGACGGUCAGGUUUGUACAAACGAUUCUUUGCCAUCUGAUUUUCACGGAACAGUAAUCCCGGAAAAAAACUUGGCACCGAGUUGCAGAGCUAAUUUUUAUAUCGAAAGUGUUCCAGCUGAGCAAACUUUAGGAGCGCUUGUGGGUAUACCGAAAUUUGUCAAUUCGCAGCGAUGUGGUGGAAGUAGUCUAUAUACAGGAACAUCUGAACCAGUAUGUUGUACUUUUCUAUGUUUUAAGUUUUCGCAUUAUUGGAAUAAUCUGAAAUUUCGUAGAACAUACGAUGCGAUUUCAUAUACUGAUAUUAUACGACAAAGUGUAUGUCGAGCUCGAUUAAAUUGGUUCAUGGUUGUUGCUGGUCUUAAGUAUUUCAGAACGCGGAAUGAAAUAAAAAAUGAAGUCAAGGGACUGAUUCGUUGUGUAAAGUCUCAGCACAUUACUUGCCAAGAAGCUUUGAAGCAGCUUUUGGAUUAUGCUCUUCCGAACGUAGCAAACAACACUUUGCUUUUUGAAAAACAGAUAAAUGAGGUUGAUGAAAAUAGACAGGACACAAAUAAUAGUGUUGACUAUAAACCAUCAUCGCAAGAAGAAUGUGGUGGGGAAAAUGUGGACGAACUAUAUACAAGACUUGUUGACGAACAUGGAAAUAUGAAUAUUGCGAUUGCAGAAGGGGAUGGUUAUCGUGUGUAUAGACUAAUUAAAGCAAGCAAUAAUCUAGAAACAUUCAGAUGUCUUGAUUGUGAAAUGCUGAGGAAGACAAAGGAUGAUGCAGUAGCGACAGUUGAAAUAAUUGAUGGUAUGCCAGGUGGUGAAAUACAUCCUUUACACAAUGAAAAAUGCCCUUUGCAAACAUUAUCAGUGAAAGAAUGUGAACAAAAUUUAUUUAACGAUGAAAGGGAUCUUGCACUGCUUCAAAAUACGGCAACAGAUAUAGAAGAAACUCGAAAGAGAAAAUGCAGUGAUGUAAAUUAUGAAUCAAAGCAAAAAAGUCGUAGAAAUCGACUGUCUAACAUAUCACCAGUCACAAAACAACCUUAUGUUAUUCCAGAACGAAGAAUUGGGAUGACAUUGAGGAAACGAAAAGUGAGGGCUGUAAAUAGUCCUGGAAUAUAUGGUUCUGAAGUUAUGAGUUGA